GAUGUUUUUAUACGUCCCUGAACCGUGAAGAGAUAGAUGUUUUGUUAAUGAUGUAGUAAAAAUAAGAAUAUUGGUGCUAACAGAUCGACAACUGCGUUACUUUUGGUUGACAACACGGACUACGUGAUAUGGCGGAACAACAUCGAGUGCGCUGUUCGCGUUUUCCUUUUUGAGAAAGUGUUCAGAGUUUUGGAAAUAGAGGAGGAGGGUGAACCAAACUGAACCUGGGUUGAAGGGUCUUGGGGGCAGCAUCACUUUCGAAAGUUUGUCUUGGUUAUUUCCUGGAGUCUCUAAACCACCAACUGACCUGGUUUGUUUACAUUUUGUGGCCCAGGCGUGUAUGCAUUUUUAGCAGUCCUUUACAAGGCAACGUGACAAGACUCCAGCUUGUUUGGCUGGUGUUUAGAGGCUCGGUCUAGUAAAUAGAAUGUUACCGAGCCGGGUCGGAUCGGCACCAUCUGGAAACGGAUCAGCUUCAGGCAGAGGUACUACAGGGCACGGUUCGGGGGUUGUCGGCAGCGGGAUCCGUCCCGUUUUGAUCAGAGCAGGGCAAGCUUUACCGGGGGUCAGCGAGAGCGCCGGUGCUGCCGGGCGACAGGGGGAAAGAGACGCCGUUGGGAUGCUGGGAGCUAAUGGUCCAGGGGGUCCGAGAGGUGCGAGACCGGGGAACGGGACUGGGGUGACCCUUCUACAGACCGCCGUUCAGGGUAACAUGGUGGGGUUAAACACCGAAGUUGUACUGUCUCAUGGAAGCAGGUUCGAUCCGGACAGAGAAUGUGCUCCUCUGUGCAGCGGCUCGGAUAAUGACUCGGACUCUGGAGAUGACGAUGACCCAGUGGGCUCACUCGGAGACAGCAGGAGAGGAGUGAAGCGGGAGAGAGAGAUGGAAGCUGCGGUGACGGGGCAGGAGGUAGGGGUAGCUCCCGGAGGUUACGGCAUGGUGCCCGGAGGGGUCGCCGGGGCAAAACCGGGGAAGAAAACACGUGGGCGCGUAAAGAUAAAGAUGGAAUUUAUUGACAACAAGUUGAGACGUUACACCACGUUCAGCAAGAGGAAGACGGGUAUUAUGAAAAAGGCAUACGAACUCUCCACCCUGACAGGAACCCAGGUUUUGCUGCUUGUUGCCAGUGAAACGGGCCACGUCUACACUUUUGCUACUCGCAAACUCCAACCCAUGAUCACAAGCGAAACGGGCAAAGCCCUGAUCCAAACAUGCCUCAACUCGCCAGACUCGCCACCACGCUCUGACCCCUCCAUGGACCAGCGAAUGAGCGCCACGGGCUUUGAGGAGACAGACCUCACCUACCAGGUGUCGGAGUCGGAGAGCAUGGGCGACACAAAGGAUACACUGAAGCCAACUUUCACAGUCGCCAGCCUACCAGGCACUACCAGCAGCGCCCAGUCCACAGUACCCACCACCUCCACCACCAUGCAGGUGAGCAGUGGACCUUCGUUUCCAAUCACCAACUACCUGGCGCCUGUCUCGGCCAGCAGCAAUGUCAGCGCCAACGGUACCGUCCUCAAGACCGCCGGCGCCUCCACGGGGGUCAUGCAGCUGCCCAGCGGCUUCACUUUCAUGCCUGCAGGCACCCCUCUCCCCCCUGGCACCCCCACCAUUCCUCUGAGCCAGCUGCAGCAGCACUCCCUGGCCCUCCAGGGGCAGCAUGGUCAGUCCCUGACCGCCGCCUCACAGCCACAGCAGGGACAGCAGGCUGUCUUCCGCUUCCCUGCUGCUGUCUCCCUCACAGGAGCGGGAGUCCCCCAGCAGCUCCAGGCUAUCCAGGUUCACCCCAACACUCAGCCCACCUCCAACAGUGACAGCAGCCCAGAGAUCUCCCACACCCCCACAAAUUCCACCGCAACAGUGAGUCUCCCAGCAACCAUCGUCACCUCGUCAGUGCCAACAUCUGUGGCGGGUCACAUGAUGUACCCGAGCCCCCACACAGUGAUGUACGCCUCCACGCCGGCUCUGGCCGACGGGGGGUUGGCUGUGCUCAACGCCUUCUCCCAGGGCACCACGGCCAUGCAGGUGUCCCACGCACAGGCCCAAGACACAGGUGCUGUCCCUCAGGUGUUCCUCACAGGACCUCCAGGCACGGUGCAGAUCCCCGUCUCAGCGGUGCAGCUACACCCAGUACGGCAAGAUCUGCAUUUUACAAAUGGUGAUUGGCCAGCAGUCGAGCGGCAGCAGCAGUAACCUGACGGAGCUCCAGGUGGUCAACCUGGAUGCGACACAGAACUCGAAGAGUGACUGACAGACGGCUGGAGCUGUUUAACAUGGCAGACCCAGGGACACAGACAGACAGACUGACAUCUCUAUUUAUUGAUGCCUUCCAACAGAGUUUCACAUCACACUUCAGAAUGUGACUUUAAAGUACAUAUAUACACACACACACACACAAUCAAAGGGCAUAUGUGUGGCUGACCCUUACACAGUAUACAGUAUGUUUUGGUAUACAAAUAUAUAUAUAUUCGCAGAUGUAUAAGAAAUAUAUCCCUACACCCAUCAUCGGAAGCUAUUUUCUAUGCUGUUAGAUGGUGUUAUUUUUGUGUGUGUUUUUUGAAAAUGUGUAAUUACAUGUACACACACACACUGCAAUGUGCCACAGCUUCACACCAGCCAAAGAGACAUUUGUUUGUCUGAAUGUUCCAGUGUGAGCAGCUCAUGCACCAGCAUGUGUGUCUGUGUGUGUGUGUGUGUGUGUGUGUGUUUGCGUGUGUGUGAGUGUGUGCGCGCGCGCACCUAUCUGGGGUUCAGAAGUGGGCCGGGAGAUGCUUAUUGAUUUAAAAAAAAAAAAAAACAACAAACAAACAAAAAAGCAGACAUUUGGAAAUGUACAUAUUUUUUUUCUUUUGAUAACUUUUAUUUUUAGCCUGAUUUAGUUUGUGCAACGGCAUGUAGUUGUUUUUUUACAUAGUGGUUUUGUAUGUACAUGAAAAUGAUUUGCAUAAAGAAAAUGAAUUAUUUACAUUUCUAUGUAAAUUAAUUUAAUAUACUAUCAUAUGUUGAUAUACUGUCAUGCUGUUGGGAGUUUUCACUACAAGAUGGACAAAGAAUGCUGGAUGUUUACUACAGGUUUCUGAUUGUGACAUUUGUAGAGGCUGUACUUCAAGCUGGUUCAAGUAGCUGGGUAGCAAAAUGUAAAACAGAAGGGAUUUAUGACUUACUGUUAACAUACUCUUUAGCUGGGAAGACAUCUGAUGUGAUUAGCAUCAGUUUUGCAUGUCAGGUUUCUUAAUGAAGUCCUGAUCUGGCACUUUUCUGAGGGUAUAAAUUGUUCAACUGUGACAAUCUGAUAGAAAUGUUCAUUUAUUUUAAACUUUAGCAUAACGCCAUCUACAUUUUCACAUAGAAACAUGAAUUCAUUUCUGCUGACAGUAACUCGGUUAAUAAUAACCCCCCCCCCCAAAAAAAAAGAUAUUUAGUUUAUUCACUUACUUUU